CUGCUGAGACCUGAACCAUUACAGCCAUUUCCUUCAGAGCGCAGGAAUUAUUACUUCAUCUUAUUUACUAGGCAUUCUCUUUUUAUUCCCUUUUUUUUUUUUUUUUUUUUGGUUAAAGGCUUUACUGACGCGAUAAAAUGGUUGAUUAAGGCACAUCUUUGUUGCCCACAAAAACAUUCUGGAUUCUCGUCUACAGUUAAUCCUGUAUUGUUCAGUGCAAUAAGCUGCAAUGCUGAAAAAGAAAGAGAAAGCCCUGAUAAAAGAAAUAUGGGAUAGACUGACUCCCGUGGCCGAAGAUAUUGGGGCAGAUGCGCUUCUUAGGAUGUUUGCCUCCUAUCCAGGCAGCAAGACGUACUUUUCCCACGUAGACAUCCGUCCCGGCUCUCCACACCUGCUCUCUCACGGGAAGAAGAUAGUCCUGGCCAUAGCGGAGGCAGCCAAAGAUAUCAGUCAGCUGACAGUCACUCUGGCUCCCCUGCAAACCUUCCACGCCUACCAGCUUCGGAUAGACCCAACCAACUUCAAGCUGUUCUCACACUGUAUACUUGUCACUCUGGCCUGUCACAUGGGAGAAGACUUCACACCAACUGCACACGCUGCAAUGGACAAGUUCCUGUCAGCUUUUGCCGCUGUGCUCGCCGAGAAAUACAGAUAAGACUCAACCACAUUAGAAGUAUGUGAAAAAUGUGCUAUUUAUGAAUAUUUAUCUGUUUAUUUAUGUGUAACUGUUGUUAUCAUGUAAUGUUUUGUAAUAAUAAACGUGCAAUUAACAUGUUUCUCUUUGUGCUGCUACAUUAUCAUAUAAAGCUUUAAAGGACCAAAUCUGUGGUUUUUGCAUGUAUAUUAACUUUAACUUACAGUUAAAGUUAUUUCUAUUAUUAUAUUUCAUUUUUGUAUCAACUUUAUCCUUUACAUCACAAUAUCUCGCUGUCUUUUGCUGUUUUGUGUGGUGUGACUCAGGUUUUGAAGGCUUCUUUUUUAAUUUUUACAUGUAUUUAAUCAUUAAAUUCCAAAUAUGUCAGCAACUACAAA